UAGGGCUUUUUUACACAUCCACCCACUUUACUGUAUUCGAUUCUUGCAUUAUUUGUUUAGUUGUUUUCCUUUUCAGCGGAGCACCAGUUUUCUGUUAAUGGCUUCCACUUCGACAUCUGGUCGAGGAGAACAGGAAAGCGAUCCAUUUUUGGUUCUUGAAACUACCCACGAAAAGAUAAAAUCCCCCUUGACUGCAAAACAGUUUGAUGUAUUUAUCAACCAUCGAGGUCCAGAUGUCAAAACUACUCUGGCUCGGCAGCUUUAUGAUUCUCUACAGCAAGCUGGGAUCCGGGCAUAUCUAGAUGAUCCAGAGACUGAACUGGGAGACUCAAUUUCUUCCACCAUAAAGAAUGCCGUAUUCUCUGCCACAGUGCACAUACCCAUCUUCUCACCACGAUACGCAGAGUCUGCUUGGUGUUUGGCUGAGCUAACUUUAAUGUUUCGAACCAAGGCUAGAAUUAUUCCCCUGUUUUACCAUGUUCACCCUUCAGACUUUCGCUACAUGAAAAAUGGAGUUGCAGAUGCAUUUUCCAAACAUGAAGAAAAGUGCAGAUAUCCUUAUCAUGAUAUUCAACAGUGGAAAGAAUGCCUGCGGAGCGUUUCAGGGAUCAAGGGCUACGAACUCAACGGGCAGAUUGAUGAUCUGAGUAAGCUUCAGGAGGUCAUAUUCGCCGUGGUUAAAGAGAAAGAAAGAAGAAAAAAUCCUUUCCAAGUUGCAAAAUAUGCUGUGGGACUUGAUGAGCUUGUGAAAGACUUCUAUUGCCAUUGCCAGCGAAAUGAGGAAAUGAGAGAUAAAAUAAAUGGUAUCUUUGGAAUGGGAAGGUCUGGCAAGACUACUCUUGCCAAAUAUUUGUUCAAUUGCAAAUAUUUAGAAUUCAGUGGAUCAACUUGUCUAUUUGAUGUGCGGGAACAUGAUGUCAAAGGUAAGCUAACGUCUCUGCAAAAUAAGCUUCUCAAUGAUCUGUUUCUUGGAAACCAUCAUUCAUUUUGUAGUAUAGAAGAAGGAAUCGCCAAUAUCCAGGAUAACCUUCAAAGGAACCGCGAAUCAAGGUUCCUUAUAGUUAUUGACGAUGCUGAUCAUCAGAAGCAGUUAGAUGCCCUAGUGCCCAUAGAUGCCCUCAACCCCAAAAGUUUGGUUAUUGUCACAACUCGUGACGAGAGGCUUCUUAUACAGGCUGGAGUAAGAGUCCGUUAUAAGAUGAAAGCAAUGAAUCCAAAGCAUAGCAGAGAGCUCUUCUGCUGGUAUGCAUUUCACAAACAAUCCUGUGAAAGUGGAUUUGAGAAUUUGGUAGACAAAUUUGUUGAAGCGUGUGGAGGUUUUACCUCUUGCUCUUCGAGUAAUGGGUGGGCUUGUUUUUGGUAGUGACAAGGCUUAUUGGAAGUUACAAUUAGAUGUUGUUAAGGAAAGGCUACAUAAAGAUAUAAAAGAUACGCUUAAAAUAAGCUAUGAUGCUUUGGAAGAGGAUCAGAAACAGAUCUUUAUGGAUAUAGCGUACUUUUUCAUAGGAAAAGAUGUGGGCAGGGCCAUAAGUAUAUGGAAGGCUUCAAGUUGGAGAGCUGAACAUGCACUUCAGACUCUCAAAGACAAGUGCCUUGUUGAAGUGAAACUUGUUUUUGAUGAGAAUAGAAAAUAUGAAUAUGAGCCAACAUUUGUUUUGAGAAUGCAUGACCAGCUCCGCGACUUGGGGAGAGAAAUGGCAGAUAAUGAAAUGAACCAUCCUUGUCGGCAGAUAAUGCGUCACACAGAUCUUAUUGAAAUGCAGAACAUCUUCAGCAAGUCCGAAGGACAGACUUUCAGAUAUUUCAAUGAAACUGAGCAGAUGACAUAUCUUCUGGAGACCUCAAAGAAAUCGACUGAUUUACAAUGGCUUGAACUUCACUCUAAUUCCCGUCAGUGGAAUAUUCCUGAAUGGACCUCUCUACAAAAUUUGAGCACUUUAAGACUUGAAGGAGUGUCACCCGCGAGAUUGUGGCAAAGGGCUGAGCAGGUUCCACUCAAGUUGAAAGAGCUAUCUUGCUGCUUUAAGGGUCGUCAUUUUCGAGACUCUAGUAAAGACAUGUUAAUGACAGAUUUAAGUGAACUAGUGAGCUCGUUUGGAAUGUUAAAACAUCUGGAAAGUCUGCAACUACAAUUUGGAUCUGACAUUCAAAUCUUAGAAUGGAAUUUCUUGCUAAAUUCUAUUAGAGAACUCACCAAUCUGAAAAAUUUAGUAGUGGCAUCAUCUGAGGUAGAAGGGGAAUUCAAUUUACAAAACAGGGGAGUGACAAGUAAUGAUUGGUUUCGUAUGAGAAGCCUGGAAGCCAUAACUCUGUAUGAUGUAUCCAAAACAAGGAAGGUCUCAAUUAGUGGACAAUUGUGUCCCAACCUUAAAUCUCUUAAGCUUUAUUCUAUGGCAGAUCUAAUUGAAGUGGAUUUAACAGGGGUGGCCACACUAGAAUGUUUGGUGCUGUUGAAAUGUAGACAGUUGAGCAAAGUAUUGGGCAAUGAUCUACCAGAAUUAGAACUGUUCCGCAUAAAAUUAUGUCUAACUAUGAGAGAGUUGCCAAAUUUUGGGUGCGUAAGUUUUCUCAAGAGGAUCUAUAUUAGCCGCUGCCGGAAGCUGCAGGAUAUAUCAGCUAUUGAAAGAUUGAAGGGAUUGAAGAGGAUCUGGGUUGCUUAUUGUCCAGAGCUGAGGAGUAUAAAAGCUAUCGAACAGUUGAAGGGGUUGAAGAGAAUCUGGAUCGAGCACUGUACACAGCUGCAGGGUGUGAUUUGUUUUAAAGAAUUGAAGCAGUUAAAGAGAAUCUUCAUUGGGCAUUGUGCAGGGCGGCUGGAUAUACAAGGCAUUGAAAUUUUAAUAAGCUUGGAGAGCAUUACCAUUGCUGAAUGCCCGAAGCUACAGAGUAUAAGGGGUAUUGCAGAAUUGAAAGGACUGGAGGAGAUGAUUAUUGCCGAUAGUCCUAUAAUAAGUUGCGUUGAAAGAUUGCAGAGAUUGCCGUGGGAGCUUACAAUUCUAAUGUGGGAAUUUGGAGAUGAAGUUCGCUUCCCAAAGAGAUGGUCCAAAUCACAUUUUAAUGCAGACAAAAUUGGCAACACAUUGACUAUGGCAGAUAGUUUCUGUGAAAUAGAUUGUGAGGAGAAGAGUCAGACUCAAAUAGAGGAGAUGAUCGAUUCAUUUCGUAGAACCCAACAAUCACCCAGUACAUUCAUCUUUUGUGCUACGUUUUAUGGGCGUCCUCACAUACGUAGUAGGAUUAUGGUUGAGGAGCAUCCUUGCCUAAGACCUGCAAAUCUCUCCAGUGAUCGUGCAUGGUGGAUACACACAUGCGUGGUUAAUGAAGAAAAUCUAUCAAAAUUUGACGCCUGGAUGCCAUUUAGUCGUCCGUACGAACGUGAUUGUUCUUUAAAGAAGGCGUUUUUAAUGGGAGUGAAGAAAGGCGAGGAAAGGAAAACAGUCCACAUAUUGCAGAGCUUAUUUGCUCAGCUAUGCGUUGGCAAAAGAAAAUAUGAUAAAAAACGGCUUAUUGAGGAAGUGUGUGAGUAUGAGUAUUUCUCCGGUCGUCUGUUCCACAACAAGCAUGUUGAUGAUGAUGAUUGGGAUGAGUAUGAUGAGGAAAAUGAAGAUUGAAGAAUACCAUGAUCCCACUCUUUUUUGUUGUAAAUAAGAUUAUGGAAAUCUUAAAUAAAAAAAUUUCAAAUUGAAGAAGAUGGUAUUGUAUUUAAAAAAAAAUUAAUUCGUUAAUUUUAUAUAUUUUUAAAAGUAGUAUUAAUAUAUAUAA